AUGCCUUCCGUCAAGAACCCCAACCGCCUCUCCAAGAACCGGCUCGCCGCCCGCGCCGCAAAGGCCAAGAAGGCCAACCAGAAGCGCGCCGACCCUGCCAUGCAGAACAAGAUCACAAAGGCCGACAAGACGAGGGGCGCACGACCGGGCCUGUUGCCGACGAGCGGACCGAGAGCUGCGAUUAGCGCCAAGAAGGCGAGGAAGCUGGAGAAGAAGAUGGGAUAUGCGCUGAAGAGGAAGAUGGAGGCGGAGGGAGAGGCUGUGAUGAAAGAUGCGCCUGUUGUUGAGGAGAAGGUUGCGCAGGAGGAGCAGGACAUGGAGAUUCAGUGA